UCUGGGCCCCAAUCAGCAGCUGAGAUAAGGGUCCUCGGCCGGGUGUGAGCCAGCUGGGCGAGCGGCAAACACUCCACCGUCCCCGGGCAGGCUGAGGCUCCCCCCGCGGGGCCCUGGUUGCCGGGCGCUAAAGCAAACGGGCUCUAUUUGCCCAGUCUGCGAUGACAAUGCAGUCAUCAAAUAUUUGCUGGCCUGGCCGGCCACGGAGCUCGGCUAUAAACGCUUGAGCCCAGGUGGAGGUGGGCCUGCCCAGCGGGAGCUGCAGGCUGCGGCAGCUGGAACUCGCUGCCCUGACACUCCAGGAGGAGAUGGCCGCGGGGGUCAUCCGGCCGCUCUGUGACUUCCGGCUGCCCCUGCCGGCCCUCCAGCCCUUCCUGUCCCAAGUCCCGGAGCCCCCAGACACUUCCGAGGAGGAGGAGGGGGAGGAGGAGGAGGAGCUGGAGGCCGAGGGGCCAGAGGGCCACAGCCCGAACUCCUGCAGCCCAGGCUGGGCCCCCGAAGUGCCCCCCCUGGACCCCAGCAGCCCGGAGACGCCGCUGCAGCUGCUGCGGUUCUCAGAGCUCAUCAGCGGCGACAUCCAGCGGUACUUCGGCCGCAAGGACCGGGGGCAGGACCCCGACGCCUGUGACAUCUACGCUGACAGCCGCCCGGCCAGCAGCUUGGCCAGGGAGCUCUCCUGCGCCGAUCUGGUGCGCCCAGCCCGCAGCGCCCCCCCAGAAAACCGUGAGGCCACCGAGCCCGGGGGCUGCUCCCCGGGGUGCCCCGAGGGGCAGGCGCACGGGCCAGGCCUUGGUAGGGAUGGGCCACCGCUGCUGGGGCCCCUGGCCGAGCUCUUCGACUAUGGGCUGCGGCAGUGCUCUGGUGCCCGGGCAGUGAGUGGGCGGCGACUCAGGCUGGAGCGCAAGUACGGCCACAUCACCCCAAUGACCCAGAGGAAGCUGCCCCCAUCCUUCUGGAGGGAGCCGGCACCCAGCCCCCUGGGCCUGCUGCACCCUGGCACUCCCGACUUCAGUGACCUGCUGGCCAGCUGGUCGGCAGAGGCCGGGUCCGAGCUGCUGGGCACGGGGGCCCCGGGCCUGGAGGGGGUGCAGCUGGCCGAGGCCUAGUGAUCACUCAAGGGUCAGUGGGAGUG